AUGCAGGUCAUUCGCCAGCUCCGCUCGAACAACGACCGUUUCGGCGAACUUGACAAUAAUUCAGCAACCGACAGCAAAGCUGACCCCGAACCUGCCGCCGAAGUCGUGCCUGAAACCGCCUGUGAAGACGUCCCAAAUAUAUCCUCUGCUGUCGACUCUGCGUCCGACCCUCCUGGUGCUGAUCUUAGCCCUGAUGACGACACCAUGGUCUAUGUUCCGGUGCCGCUUAGUCGUCUAGGGCUAUCCCCUCGGCGUCAGCCCCUAGGCACGAAACUAGCCCUAGUGUACGAUGAAAAAAUGGGUCUUGUUAAAUCUUCUGUUGUCAAUAUAGCCCAAGGGGUGGAGAAACACAACACACCGAAUCCUGGCAUCACCAGCGAUGUUCCUGACAGGACACAUCAGCCCCAGACAAGCAGUCCAUGGAGAACUCCAGCACGCACUCCCGAAGGAUCCCCUGUUCGCAAGACUGGAUUGCUUCCCAAUAGUGGCAGUACCUCACCGGCCAAAGCCUCCGCCAUUUCCAGUGGUUCUGACUUCAGUCACAAAACCCAGCCACAGGGGUCGUCGCCUCCCACUUCUCCGGUCUCCAUAGCCUCUCGUCAAGCGGAACCAGGGCCAAGUGGAGCUCGUGGGCGUGGCGGUUCCAGAAAGAAGAAGAAACAGCGACCAACGAAUAAAGGAAAAGCCCGCGCGUCCGAAUCGACAAACAAAGUCAGCCCUCCGGCGUCUUUACUAGACCACGAUCCAGUGCCGGAUAUACUCAGCGAAAGUAUAUCGACUCGUCUUGGGUUUAGGGUACGAGCGCCAUGUGACUUUACAGAGCCUCUGCCUGCAGCCGAAGCAAACCCGUUCGUCAAUCACGAAGCUGUUCGUCAUUUAAGGGACUUGUUGGAGGGGAGGAGACCGCUAUCUGACCUGUAUGCUCCAAAGGCCCUACCAGAGAGACCACCGAAGAAUAUACGGGAGCCUGCGGUAGACAGUGUGCCAAAUGGUGUGUUCAAUGGCUUGCCAGAAGGCUACCAUGAGGGUCUGCCUCUAUCUAUCCCUGACCAGUCCAACCCACCACCGUGGGAGAGUGCUUUUUUGCCAGGCAAGGUAAAUCCGCCAAAGCCCCCAGCGCCGACAAAAGUAUCCUCGUCUUCGAACCAGGACGAGUUUUUUGACGCUCCGGCAGUGAAACCGCCAUCGUCAUCGCCGACGGGGGCCACAGUGUCGGACGACUCAGGACGCAAGAAGGCGUAUUUACCACAAGGGACUUUUGCUCAUCCUUUGUCUCCAACUCCGGAUCUCGAGGCUGAGAAACAUACUGUCCCUCCCAGUCCAACAAGCAAUCUAAGCGUCAGGGGCACUGUAAGCCUAGGGAGCUGUUCGUUAUGCGCACGUCCCCUAGACGAACUGCACUAUUCGCGCUGGGAGCAGGAUGAUGGGCCAGAAAAAGACGACCAGACUACGUUGGCUGAGGUGGGAGGGCGAGGCCCGAUAUUCUGGUCGCGGCGCCACAGAUAUGGCCAUGAUGACCCGGUGAUCUCCAGCUGUGUAAAGUGUUCAAGCACUUGGCACAGGCAAUGUACUGAGCGUUAUAUGAAAGUUCAGGGACGCGAUGGCAAGAAACCUAAAUGCCCAGGAUGUGGCGAUCUGUGGCUUUGA